CUUCCAGUUCCAAACGUUCAAGAGCCGAUGUAAAGCUCCUUGACUCUUUACAAUUCGCCUAUUUCGAAACUUUGAACUUUCAUAAAAAGAGACUUUUAAGAAGCAUAGGAUCCGAUUGAGUGGAGUUACAUAUUCAUAUUUAAAAAACUUGUGAUAAAUUUAUGUUUUUUCAAAUGUGAUAUCAUCUUUGAUAGAGAAUCGCAUUCUUGGACACUCUUGAUCUCUCAUGAAACGCUGUACUAGAAGAUAAUCGCCAACGUUAUUCGAAUCCAAAGGGGAAAAAAAAAAAGAGUACGAUAGGAGACCUUCAACAUGUCAGAAUGACGUUAGAAAGGUAUAGAACAGGUGCGCUGAAGCGAGAUGUGUAUGCCACAGAGGCGAUGCCCGCAUGGUUGAAACGUAUAUCCAGCAAGUACUCGUUGGUCACGGCUGGCCGGCCGGGGUUCCGGGCCGACUUCCGGACGAGUCCGCACCGGAAACGCCUUCUCGCCUGCUUCUUCGCGCAUAUCGCAGCAGAUUCGUUCGUAUAUACACUUCUUUAAAUGACGUGACAGAAAAAAACGGGGAAAGAAGAACGAUGGACUUCUCCAGACGGGACGACAAAACCUGCCGUUCCGAUGAUUCUAACGGUGAAAUCUUUAAGAAUGUUCCGAGGAACAGUAGUACGUUUCGCAUUUGGAAAAUCGAGGGUUUACGAGUUACAGCCGUUACAGGAAGUAAUAUGGGAUAUUUCCUCUCGGAGUUGGCGUACAUCAUCUACGCAGUGUCGCCGAAAGACGGCCCCUUGCCUUACCCUGGAAUGCCCGUUAAGGAGAUAAAAUUGAACGCGAUAAUUCGUGUAAUUCAUUUCUGGAUUGGAUCGGCAUGCGAUUCAACAAUCUCUGGGGCAGCAGCCCUUCGAGCGGCCGAAUUGGAUUCGCAAGUAUCUGCCACGAUUUUAUCGAGAGAAGCGCAAGGACGAGAAAGUUCUAGAUUUCUGGCCUAUUUUCGUCAGCAUCUUAUUAUCGAGAAUUUUCACUUCGAAACACCGUCGUGUAAAUUGCACAGAGUAACCGGCUUAGUGAUCCCUAUCUUGACGGAACUUGAGAAAGUUCAUUGGGAUUAUUUCACUUCGCGGGACGUUAUUCUUGUGGACGUUUUGUCACAGGGUAUCAUAUUCCUUUGGUUGGGAUCGUCAGCAGAUCCCUUACAUAAACGGCACGCAGUCAGUAUCUUAGAAAUGAGAAAAGAGAAUAAUAACGUUCGUGUCGUCAUCGUGGACGAUGGUUACGAACAGACAUUGCCAGAAGAAGAGAGACAACUAUUCACCAAUAUUUUAGAUACUUCAACAAGAGUGGUUAAGCCCGAUCGGCUUUACCGAGUCAACAUGCCAAAUCCAGUCAAAUUAUAUAGAUGUAGCGAACAAUCUGGUAAAUACAAGGUAGCAGAACUGAAAUCUGGACCAAUUCUUCGAACGGAUCUUACGUCCGAAGCUGUUUACUUGAUUGAUCGUGGUGAGGCUGGUGUUUGGGCCUGGGUCGGGCGUAAUGUGAACGCUCGAGAAAAAUUGGAAGCAAUUCGUAAUGCGCGAGGAUUCGUAAAGAAAAAAAAUUACAGCAAUGGCGUAUUAGUUGAAAGAGCGUUGGAGGCUUGUGAACCGGUAGAGAUGAAAGCUCUCGUUAGAAAAUGGGAACCGGCAAAGACAAGACCACUUACUCUACCACCGAAUUUUGAUUCUGAUUACAUGAAUGAAAGACCUAAAAUAGCAACUGUGUGUCAACUAGUUGACGAUGGAUCCGGUCAAAGAACUCUUUGGAAGGUAACCCAUAAAGAAGCAAUGAUUCAAGUGGACGACAAAGGGAUAUACUACGCGGAAGCUUGUUACGUAAUGUGUUACAAAUACGGGCAAGGACGUAGAAGUAAAACUAUCAUUUAUUGUUGGGAAGGAGUCCAUUCUAUAAACGCGGAUCGAGAAGCCGCUUUAGAAGCAGCUUGUCGUUUGUCAGAAAAUUCCUCUGGUCAAUUAGUUAAAGCAUCUCAAGGUAGAGAACCACCACAUUUGUUGCAAAUUUACGAUGGAAAAUUGAAAAUAUUGGCUGGAAGGCACCGUGAUUCUCCUCCGGAAAAAUAUCUCGUUAGAGUUUUCGGAUCUACCCCAUACACGUCGAAAGCAGUUGAGCGGCCUUUGAGAUCCAGUAGUCUCGAUUCUAGUGGAGUUUUUAUUCUAUUUUCUAACUCACCUGUAGUAUGGUGCGGUGGAAGAAGUACUGGUGAUGCGAGACAAGCAUCUAGACGUCUCGCGCCCAGAAAUGCACCUUUAAUAACUGAAAAUAACGAAGACGAUGAUUUUUGGAGAGAACUCGGAGGUAAAGGUACUUAUGGCACAGAAGUUAUCGAUGAUGGAGAAGAACUUGAGAAACAUUUGUACCAAUGCUUGACGAUCAGUGACACGUUUGUCGGCGAAGAAGUUCUUGGAUUUGGUCAAAGUAGUCUCCUUCCAGAAACUAUUUGGUUAUUAGAUGCUGGAAAUGUAAUAUGGAUCUGGAUUGGAAAGUUUUCUAUUCCUAAAUCAUUAAAGGAGUGUGUACAUGAUGCAAUGAUAUUUUUAUUCACUCACCCAGCUGGUCGUGAUCGAAAUACAACGAUUUCUGUAAUUAAACAAGGAAUGGAACCUUCAACGUUUAUUGGAUUAUUCGAUAAUUGGAACUAUAAUUUACUAAGGGAAUACAAAUCAUUUGAAACAUUUUGCACACUUUUGCAAGAUAAGGAAUUCCUACCGAAAAUACAAACGUUAUCGAAAUCAUUAAGCAAUUUCGAUAAUUAUGUGAAGUAUCCCCUUUCUGUCUUGAAAGGUGAUCCAGAAAAUUUACCAUCUGGUGUCGACGUUGUUCGUAAAGAAAUGCAUCUUACUUUUGAUAAUUUCAUUGCAAUUUUUAAAAUGGAACCAGACGAAUUUGUAAAACUUCCUACUUGGAAAAGACAAAGACUAAAACAAUCGGCAGGACUUUUUUGAAAUGUAUUUUAAUAAUAUAGUUUUGUACCAUAGUAAUUAUAACACCAAAAUAGAAUAAAACCAUAUUAUUUUAAUGUUUGAAAUUGAAAA